AUGAGUAAUUAAGUUUAAACUAUUGAAAGCGAGCAAUAUCCUUUGUGUGCUAUGGACGAAAAUCUACUUUUUUCCUCGAAUAAAAAUUAAAACUUUACGCAGGAAUCGUCUGCCAAGCAUAAUUAUUUUAAUAACUCCUAAAGCGAUAAAAAAAAGAGCUUAAGCUCAAAUAAGGAGAAUAGCUCUUCAACUUAAUAUGUUAAGGAAGGGCUAAUUUCUCUUCAUUUUAAUAAUAAAAGCGAAAUGGUGGUUUAACCUUUCUCUAGUUAAAAUGCUUAAACCAAAUUACACUAGUUACCUUCUUUUAGAUAAGCUAAUCAUAAUUAAACAUGUAAAACUGCUGACAAAAUGUUUGAGAGAAAAGCCCAUCAAAAUUAGAGAGAAACUGAAUCAGCUAUUUAAAUAGAGCUCUCACCUGGAUGGACUGCUUCUUCUAGUAUAUCACAGCGCCAGAUCCACUCAGAAAAAUCCGAAAUGCAAGAGGAAGAAACCCAAGAAAUGACUGGAAAUGGAAUAGCUAGAUCUGAGUUAAAAGAUGUUGUCCGCAAUCUUAAUCUGAUAGAUUUGGCUAAAACUGAGGAUGAAAGCCCUAUGUCUCAAAGUUUAAGUGCAUUAAGUAGCAGUAAUCUUUUCAGGAGUGAAUCUAAUAAUAGCACAACAUCUGAUUAAUUUUUAAGAGAAAUCAGCACAAAUAUCCUCAAUUAAAACUCUUAAAAUGAUUUCAUAACUUUAGAUAAGAAACAAAAGUUCUACAAAAAGUGUAAUUUUGAUCGCUUUAUACCUUCAAGAGUUGAGUCUGAUACAUACAAACUUUUUUAAAUUCACUCAUAAAUGGAACUUGACUAAGCAAAUCAUUAGCAAAACUUAUAAUCUAAUUAGUAAAACUCAAAUAAUAACAUAAAGGAAGAAUAAAAUAGACAGCUCUACCAUAAUUUACUGCAUGCCCAUUUCUUAGAAAACAACACUGUGAUAAACCACAACUAUUGUUCACCUGCCGAUGAUACCUCUCUCUUUGCCAAUUCUUAAGAAAGCGCAUCUAAAUAAAGCCAAUUUAAACCUUUAAAAAAGUUGUUUUCAUACGGUGAAAAUAAUUCUUCCUCAAAUAUGUAAUCAAACAAUAGCUCCUCUCUUUCUUCAUUUAUGCCACCUUCUUCUUCCUCAUCUUCUUCAAAAAAAUCUUCUAUUUAUUAAUCACUUAUUAACUUGCCUGAUAAUAACAUGUACAUGAGAGAUGAAACACCUAAGCUCAAAAUAAAUCCUCGUCCUUACAAAAUAUUGGAAGCACCAACGCUAAAAAAUGAUUUCUACUUAAAUCUUUUGGACUGGAGUGCUUCCAAUCUUGUUUCUGUCGGACUUGAAAAUUACGUUUAUGUUCUUUCAGGAGCUAAUCAAAGCGUUAAAACAUAAUUCACUAUACCAGAAUAUGUUGAUCAUAAUUUAUUGAAGAUGUAAAGUGGUUAAGAUUAAAUAUAGCAAUCAGAUUAUUAUAAUAUGGUUUGUUCUGUAGGAUGGUCUUAAAUUUCAGAUCAUAUUUCAGUAGGAGACAGAUAAGGAAAGGUUUAUUUAUUCGAUUUGACUAAAAAUAAGUUUUUGAGAGUUAUGCAGAAUCACACAGGGAGAGUAGGUUAAAUAGCUUGGAAUGGAAACUUGAUUGCUACAGGUUCUCGUGAUAAAAACAUUAUCAUAACAGAUAUUCGUGAUAAAAGCUCUAAUUCCAUAGUAUUUAAAGGACAUGAACAAGAAAUUUGUGGAAUGAGAUGGUCUUUUGAUGAGUAAACUCUAGCUUCAGGUGGAAAUGACAAUAAAGUAUUUUUAUGGUCUUUGAAAAUGAAUGGAAAAUUAGCUAAAAUCUCAUCAAGUAAAGCAGCUGUUAAGGCUAUUGGUUUUUCCCCACAUUAACAUAAUAUUCUCGCAUUCGGUGGUGGUACAGCUGACAGAUGUAUUAGAAUAUAUGACACUUAGCAAUUAAAAUAAAUAGAAUGUAUAGAUACAGGCUCUUAAGUUUGUAAUUUAAUAUUCUCCAAAAACAGCAGAUAAAUCAUUUCAACACACGGUUAUUCGUUGAACCACAUACAAAUUUGGAACUAAUCAAAUAUGAAAAAAUUAGCAACCUUGACUGGUCACACUUAAAGAGUACUCUAUCUCGCGGAAAGCCCAUGUGGAUAAAAUAUCUUAACUGGAGCCGCAGAUGAAACGAUCAGAUUCUGGAAUAUAUUUAAAAAUGAUACAGUUAAUGAGCUUUCUCCUUCAAGUCUUGGUUUAAGGUGA